GAUUAAAAUUUAGAGCAAGCACUGCUGAGAAAUUAGUAAAGUAACCUAUUCACCUGUUUACCCCUCUUGGUCACUUCGUCUUGGACAACAGAAUCUGUGAAAGCUUCUUUCAAGUUUCUGGCAUAGAGUUUGCACCAUGGCUGCUGCUUCUUCUUCCACCAUUCCUCAACAGAAGAAGUAUGAUGUGUUCAUUAGUUUUAGAGGUGCAGAUGUCCGCCAUAAUUUCCUCAGCCACCUCAAUAAAGCUUUGCUGGACAACCUAGUUAAUACCUUUGUGGAUGAAAAUCUUGAUAGAGGAGAGGAGAUCUCAUCAUCUCUCCUGAAAACAAUUGAAGAAUCAUGUAUUUCGAUUGUAAUUUUCUCGGAAAAUUAUGCAAGUUCUCCAUGGUGUUUGGAUGAGCUUAUAAAGAUAAUUGAGUGCUCGAAAACCAUGGAACAGAUGGUCUUACCGGUUUUCUACCAUGUAGAUCCAACCAUUGUUCAGGAGGUUACUGGAAGCUUUGGAGAUUCACUUGCUAAGCAUAAAGAAGAAUUCAAGGACUCUUUACACAAAGUGGAGAGUUGGAGCCAAGCUUUGAAGGAAACUGGUGGGAUGUCCGGGUUUGUUUCACACGACAUUAAGAAUGAUUCUGAAUUGAUCGCAAAAAUUGUCAGCUGGAUUUCGGAGAAAGUAGAUCUUAUGUUUCCGAGUGAUCCAAUCAAUGAUGGGUUAGUUGGAAUUGAUUCACGUGUCAAGGAUUUUGAGUCAUUAUUAGGGCUUGAGAUGGCAGAUGUGCGAUAUGUAGGAAUUUGGGGGAUGGCCGGCAUUGGCAAAACCACACUUGCUAGGGAGGUAUUUAAUCGAAUUUUUUAUCAAUUUACAAUUAAAUGUUUUGUUGAAGAUGUCAGGGACAAUUUUCACAAGUGUGGACCAGAUGGUUUACGACGUCUCAUUCUUUCUCAAGCUCUAGGAAGAGAAAAUUCAAAUGUAGGCAUGCCCAUUAUGUUGUUAUCUUCGAUUAGGAGAAGGUUGUGCAGAGAAAAAAUUCUCCUUGUUCUUGAUGAUGUCAGUGAUGUAAGGGAGAUAGAACUUUCAAUAGGGAAAUGUGCUGUUUUUGGUCCAGGGAGUAGAAUUAUCAUAACAAGCAGAGACCAACAGCUGCUUAAGUACAUGGGUGCUGAAAUAUAUAAAGUUAAGAAACUGAAUGACGAUGAAGCUUCUCAGCUUUUUUGCUUCCAUGCUUUCAGACGAGACAUUUCCACAGAAGAAUACAUGAAGCUUUCAAAGAGGGCAGUUGAAUAUGCUCAAGGUAUUCCCUUAGCUCUUGAAGUUUUGGGUUCCAAUUUGUACGGUAGAAGUGUAGGAGAAUGGGAAGAUGAACUGGAAAAACUGAAAGGUACAUCUGACCCAAAAAUUCAUGGCAUAUUGAAAUUAAGUUAUGAUGGACUAAGUAAAGAUGAUAAGGAAAUCUUUCUUGAUAUUGCAUGCUUCUUCAAAGGGCAGGAUAGAGAUUAUGUUGAAAAGAUGUUGGAUUCCCCUGGUUCAAAAAUUGGAAUAAGUCGUCUGCUUGAUAAGUCGAUCAUAUCUGUAAUAGAUAAUCGGGUGCAUAUGCAUGACUUGCUUCAACAAAUGGGCAAGGAUAUUAUUUGCCAGGAAAAACAGCUCGGACAACGAAGCAGAUUAUGGGAUCCUAAAGAUAUAUAUUACCUAUUCACAAGAGCUGAGGGAACUGAAGCAAUUAAAGGUAUCUUGCUAGACAUGUCCAAAAUCAAAGACUUAGAACUAACUCCUAAUGCCUUUGAGAAAAUGUAUAAUCUCAAGUUUCUCAAGUUCUACUGUUCAAUACUUCAUUGGAAUAGAGUAAAACUUCCCGAAGGACUCAACUUUCUACCUGAUGAGCUACGGUUACUGCACUGGUAUGAAUACCCUUUGGAAUCUGUGCCAUGGAGUUCAUGCGCAGAGAAUCUUGUUGAAAUUGGAAUGGUUCGUAGCAAACUAAAACAACUUUGGAAUGGAGAUCAGCAUCUUGGAAAUUUAAAAUAUGUUGACCUUAGCUAUUCAAAGGAUCUAAUGAGCAUUCCAGACUUGUCUACAAUCCCGAAUCUUGAGGUUCUGAGAUUGAGUUUUUGCAAAAGUUUGAUUGAGAUUCCCUUAUCUAUAAAAUAUUUGAGCAAGCUUAAACAACUAUAUCUAAGGCAUUGCCAAAGUCUCUGCAAUUUACCGAGCUUCCUUCAUUUGAAAAAUCUUGAGAUUCUUUCUAUCUCUGGUUGCUCAAAAAUUAGAGUGUUCCCAGAGGUUCCAUGUGCUAUUAGAGAUUUAGAUUUAGAGGGAACUAUAGUAGAACGAGUUCCCCUAUCAAUUGGGUAUCUCCCUUGUCUUUCUAAUUUGGCUUUAAGUUCAUGCACGAGGCUUACCAGUUUGCCAGACAGCAUCUGCAAUCUCAAAUCUCUUAGACAUUUUAGUAUCUAUGAUUCUGUAAAUCUACUUGAACUGCCAGAGAACUUGGGAAAUCUGGAAUCCCUUCGGAAGCUCAGUGUAGGUAAGUCUGGUAUAAAAGAAUUACCAGAUAGCAUUUGCAAUCUGAAAAAGCUUAUAUUUUUAUCAAUUGAGAAAUGUGUAAAUCUCCAUUAUCUGCCCGAAAACUUGGGGAAUUUAGAAUCUCUAGAAAGGCUUCUUGCAAACGAUAGUGGGAUAAAAGAAUUACCAGAGUCAAUUUGCAAUCUGAAAAAACUUACAUGUUUAUCUACUGCUAGGUGUGAAAAUCUGCAGAGUCUGCCAGAAAACUUGGGACAUUUAGAAUCUCUGGACGAGCUUCGUGCAUUUGGUCCUGGUUUAAAAAGGUUACCCCAUGGCAUUUGCAAUGUGAAAGAACUAAGAUUUUUUAACGUUGGUGGCUGCAUAAAUCUGAAUGAACUGCCAGAGUGCUUGGGAAAUUUAGAAUCUUUGGAGCUUCUUGUUGUCUCUCAUUCUGGUAUAAAAAAGCUACCAUCUUCUGUUAAUCAGUUGAGCAAUUUGAGAUCAUUGCAUUUAGGGGGAUGUAAAGGUUUGAUGAUCCCUGCUUUGACAGGUUUAUCCCAUCUAUUUGAGGUUGUUCUGGAGUUCUGCGGCUUGUUAGAAUUUCCCAACAAUAUUUGCAAUUUAGUGUCAUUGAGAACAUUAUAUAUAGGUGGAAAUGAUUUUGAGAGUAUACCUGAUACCAUCAAACACCUUUCGAACCUUAUUAAACUGGAUUUAAGCCAUUGCAAGAGAUUAAAAUAUUUACCAGAGCUUCCAUCUCUGAGCAUGUUAUAUGCAAGAAAUUGCACGGUUCUCAAAUCAGCAUCCAGUUUAUUCCAACUUCGGAGUAUUAAACAUUUGGAUUUUAGAGAUUGUCUCAAUUUGGAGGAUAAAAUUGUGGACCAUCUAUUGGCGAGCUCUUGGCAGAGGGAGCUGUUAUUUUGUAUCCCUGGACGUGAAGUGCCAAAAUGGAUCAAGUACCAGAAUAAUAGCGGGUCUCGUUUGUCUUUUCCAUUUAGCCAACCGAAGCGGGCGGAAUUCACCAGGUUCAUAUAUUGUGCUGUUUUUGAUCCCAAAGUUUAUCAUCCUUUCCCCGGCCGGGGUAGUUUGCAAAUUGGAUUUGAAGGCAUAAAUGAGUCUGGACAUGGCCAAUAUCAUUUUUGUAACUAUUGGAAGAAUCAUAUUCGUAUUUCAUCUCAUGCGUCAUAUCUUCGCUCAGAACAUGUAUUCCUUUGGUCUUCUUAUGCAAGACAUUCACAUUUCAGAGAAAAAAAUAUGACCUUGCAAUUUUUUUCAGAAGAAAUUAUUUCCCGUGUAGAUAGCAAUAAGAGAAGAAGAAGUUACAGUGGGAUAAUUAAGUGUGGUUUCCACCUAGAGUAGGAGGAAGAGGAGCCUGCCUGAAAGAUUGAAACAUGAUGGUCAAGAAAAAUCACCUCGUGUUAUCUUUAAAUUGCUGGGCGAUGGAUAUGGUUUUCUCUGGAUCCAUGAAAAAUCCAAACUGAUGAUGGAAAAAGAUGUUGCUUGUCCUCAAUUCUGGCUUUAUGGUUACAGGGAAUUGAAGUCUCGACAGUCUCAACAUUGUUAGGGAGCACUGAAAGCGCACAAACAUAUCCUCAUAAGGUGGAGGUUCUAUAAAGGACGCGAAAUAGACAUGGAUUUCACACUCACUCAGAGCAGCUAAGGUUGUAUUUUGGAGGAUGUAAUUGAAUUUGUAUUAUAAUGGGAGAGAAGCUGGAUGAUAUUGAAGAAAAUGUGGCAAAUGCAAGAAACUUUAUUAGAGGAGCCAACAAUAUUUAUUAGGGCAAAGGCAUCAAAAAGUAACUUGUGCUUUUACUAAUUUUCAUUAAGGUAUGUGA